AUGACAGCAAGUUCUAUGUUUGAACGUGUCAAUGAUUACAGCUGUUCGUUCCCAUGCGAGAAAACAGCAACAAUAGAUGGGAAAACUUGUUAUAAAUUUUAUCAACUUGAAUUACAACAAUUAUUCAAACAGGACUAUUUUCAACAGAAAUUAGAUGCCAAUUGUUCGAAGGGAAUAAGUCAACGUUCAAGAAUGGAACGUCAACGUGAGAAAACUAAAUUGCAGGCAAGAUUUUCCGACGGUGAGAAGCGAUCAAACAGUUUCUUAUCAAUGAGCAAUCGCGUAUCAAAGGAAACUGUUCCAGUUACUCUUCCCGCAUCGAACAAUUCAACAGAAUCGCGAUCGAAAUAUCUCUUCAAAACCAAACAAUCAUCGCCUUGA